UACAUUUUACCUGCUUCAGUGAGUGUUAAAAACUCUUGACAGCAUUUUUUUCUUUUGGUAAACGCAAUAUUGAUAGAUAUUUGUGGUGGAUUGGUUCCAGUUCUGAAAUUUUGCAGUGUUUUCCAAGAGGAAAUGGAAAGAAAACUUCCAGAAGAUCAGAUAAAAUCUGUGUUGGCUCAAUGGAGAUUUUCCUGGCAGUCAUCUGGGUUUAAGGAUAGGCUUGUGACAGCACUGGAACUUUAUGAACAUUUCCCAUUAGAUAUAGCUGUCACUGGAGGUACAAAAUCAGCAAAUGCAAGGCUUGCUUCUGUUGUCUGUGGAUUAAAAGAGAAACAGGAAGAAGAAGAAGAAGAAGAAGAAGAAGAAACAGAUGUAUAUGAAGACAGUGAUGAGCAAGAGGAUGAAGAUGAGGAAGAUGAUGGAUCAAGCAUUAAGCCAUCUGUUAAGGUCUGUGUUGAAAAAAAAUCCCUCAUGAAAUUUACAGAUAACUUUGCAGAAGACAGUCCUGGCUCUUCUGAAGUGCUUUUCCACCCUCAAAUUCCCAAUGUCCGCGUUUUUACAGUACAGAGAUGUUCUAGUCCCUCUCAGGACAGCUAUGAUAUACUGGUUGUCCUCACAACAGAGUUGCACCAGGAGGACCAUAUGAGGCUCACCAUGGAGCAAUGUGAGAAGAACAAGUCCUUGUAUCUGGUUAAAGCUGAACAAGAAAUGGAUCUUGUCCGUGAAAAGCUGGAUGGACCCUGCAAGACCUGUGCAUGGGAACGAAUGAGAGCUCGCACUGUGGAGUUUCAGAAGAAACACAAGGUGGAAUUUGAAUCGGCCGAGAAUACAAAGCACCAACAGACAUCCCAAGGUCCUUUUCCUUUGGGUAUUAAGCUUUGGGAGCUGGAGGAGAUUGCAGAAGUUCUGGUGAAAGCUAUACCUCAACUGCGCAAGAAGGCAUUCACUAAGUUUUUGGUGGAUCUUACAAGUGAACAUAGAGGAUCCCUGGAAAACCCUGCUUUUAAAAACAGCAAGAUGAGCCAGGAAGACCUAGACAGAAUUUCUGUGGUGUUUCAAUCCCAGGAUCUCACCGACCAACCCUCCAAACUGCUCUCCAUUUUUAACACCCUGGAGCACUUCCGGCUAGAUGUAGGUCUACUAGGAGAGACGGGUUGUGGCAGCUCCAGCUUGUUCAACUCCUUCCUGGGCCUGAAGAAUGGGGAUAAGGGAGCUUCCCCAGUUGGGGUGUUUGAAACCACAAAGACGCCUGUGACAUAUCCAUACUCCGAAUACCACAAUGUUCUUUUGUGGGAUCUCCCAGGCUUAGGACACACAGAAGAUUUUACAACGGCAUCUUCUUCUAACUUUACAUUACACCAUGUUCCUCCAAUACCUUCAAUACCUCCCUGUGAUGUUUACUUCGUGGUCUCACCCCUGAGGCUCAAUUUGGGGUACAUCCAGCUGUUGAAACACCUUUUGUCGAAGGGAAAAUCUUGCUAUAUUGUCCUGUCCAAGGCUGAUUUGAUUGAGGAGAAAUUAGUUGAAGAAGUAAGGAGAUGGAAUGAGGAGAUUUUGGAUAAGCUAGGUCUGAAACAGAAUGUCUAUCUAGUCUCUGCACUCCAUCCAGAUACCCUGGAUUUGCCCAAAAUGAGAAGAACUUUCAAUGAUGCACUAGAAAACCAUAAGAAGGUUGCUCUGGCUAAUUAUUUGACAAAUCUAUUGGAGCAGGAUGUGUUUUGGAAGAGGGCUGACCAUUGCAAAAUAAACUAACUUCAUGGAAUGAGUUACCUUUUCACCACUGUAUAAUUAAGGUAUUCCUCCAAAUUGAUGGUGCUUCAUGGUGUUUCAUUCAUGGUACAUCACAAGCCAAUGGAACAUAGUUGGACAUGCUCUCUAGGUGAGUGGGAUGACAUACUCUCUCUCUCUCCUUUGUGAAUCACAGCAAUACUAGUCAAUCUUGGGUGUUAGAAGAGUGUCUGUUUUGAGUUUUGCUGCCCUGUGCUGCCCUUUUUUUUCACCCUUCCUUGUUGGCAACAUUAGAAUUGUCUGCCAUUCAAAUCACAUGUUUAUGUUAUUGCUUUUAUUCUAAUACUUACUUAAUUCUUUAGUAACAGCUUACACAAAAUCUUACACUUGACAUGAAUUAUUAUUUUAGUUUUUUUUUAAGUGUGGAAUUUACUGUAAAGUAUGUUGUAAAGUUGUAAAAAACGUUCGGACAAAGUCUCUAGCCAGUACUUUAUAAUAGUUAGAAGUAAAGCUGUAAGUUUCACACCUGGGUUAGUGGGUGAGAAUUGUGUCUUUUCUGUAACCUGGCAGGCAUUUUUGUCUUAUUAGCUUGAAAAAUUAUAAACAGUCUGAUGAGGAAAUGAUAACAAGAACUAACUUGUUUUACAGAUGUUCCACAACAUUAAAAGCAACAAUAAAUGGUUAAAAAGAA